AUGAAUAUUGAAUAAAUUUUAGAGAAAUAAGAAAAUGCAAUUAUCGAGAGCGGAUCUCAACUGCUCCCCUCCUUUACCUACUGGCAAAAGACUAAGCAAGAUCUCGAGUAGUACUACUACCUCAAGAGAAGUCAGACAUCACUCUGUCACACUCCAUUCAAAAAGGACAUGACCAUAAUCACACAAUUAUGCGAACGUACAUGUGAUAAGGACAAAGAACUUUAGCAUAUCUAUGAUUUUGUAGACGUAGAAACCAUGCAUAAACAACUCGAAUUUGAAUAGGUUUGCUCCUACAAAUAUUUCAGAAAUCAUCAAACCACAUUUAGAGUUGGAACCCAUCAGGAUAUAUUUGAUAAUCUGUUCUUCCAAAGAUUUAACAAUGCCACGCUUAUCUUUGAGGACGCACAUGAUUUACCUCUCAAAUUAGAAAAAGCAAUGAGUGCAUCAAUUAGUACUCAUACCAUAUCCCAAAUGAUCAAAGCCUUCUUAGUACCUUAGAAAACCCCUUCUAAGUGGGAUUAAUAAAUGAAUACCAAACUCAAAUUCCUCUCAAAAUAAUUUCAGCCUAAUCAUACGUUUCAAACUUGCACCCUGACUCAAUAACAUUAUGACAUUUUAAUGCCAAUCAUAGCCUUCUGUAAUAGAAUCGUCUAAUUUGCAUAAAAUAUAAACAACUAAAAGGAUGAAUUUAUUUUUGAAUCCAAUAAGAUUGCCUUAAUUGUAACUUAGUGUACUUAAAAAAUACCAGAUUCAGAAUUUUUUAUGUAAUUAUAACAAUACUUCGUAAAAUCUAAUGGGGCUUUUCAAUAGCCCAAAUACACCUGUAUUGAUUCCUCAAAUUAUGAGUAAUAUUUGGAUGAAAUUUACAACUUACCAUAAAGGUAUCUAAUGCAACAAUGGUAUAUAUUUAUAAAAUAAACAUUUGAAUUGCAGGAUUCAAAUGAAUUAGAAAUAAUAAGUUAAUAAUAAUAAUAAUUUAAUAAUUAAGUCGUUGUUCCAACUAAUGACAAAAUAUCUGUAGAUAAAUCUAUCUAAGCUGCAGAAUAAUAAAAUCACAGAGAUUACAAAUUAGUACUAUUCAUAGAUAAUAUUCAAAACUCAUUUAACCUAAAUCUUAUUUGUUUAAGUCCCCUUUGUGGUAUGAACAAAUUGUAAAACAAUGGUGUUUAGAAUAUUGUAAUUAUCACUUAACACUCUUAUCCUGCUAAACUGUAUAAGACUGAAUUUAAUAUCCAUUUUCAAUUUUAUCCCUAGAUCCCAGUUUAAGAAUUGAAAAUCAAUCAAACCAUAAUCAGCUAAGUUCAAAAUUACAAUAUCGAUUAUUUAAAUAAAACAGAAUAAAAUUUCGAUGCCAUGAUUCUUGAGAUUGGUAAAUAGUUUUAAUAGAUUAAUUAUUUGUUAAAUGGACAUGGAUUUAUCACUCUUUUUUCCUCCAAAUCCUUCAUGCAAAAAUGCUAAGAUAUAUGGAGUCAACAUUCUAUACUCUCAUCCCUUGGAGUAAAUAAAGAGUUUUAGUGGAUCAAAUAUUAGAAUAAAAAAAGCAUCUAUGAAAUAAUUAAACUAUUUCUAAAUAAAUGUAGAUCCAAUACGAUUUUUGGCGAUACUAUGCCGUCAAUCUACACAGUGUUUAAUGAUCUAUUUUUGGAUCAAUUACAGGAAGCAAUCUAAAUACAAUUAGAUUAUUAACUUAAGCAUCCCUAAACACUAAAGAACUAAUCCUAAAUAACAGUUUUUUUAUUGGGAGUUCCUUGGGCUAGUCAAUUUAUGUAUUAUCAAGAGAAUGGACAUGAACAACUACCUUAAUUGCAAUUGAACUUGAAGUUAGAGUGGCUUAAGAAUUAAAAAAACAAUUAUGAUAGAAAGUAUUUCAGUAUGGUGAAUGCAAUCAGAAAUAUCUCGAGAUUAUAGCAUAUACUUGAUCCAUUGAUUCCAUGCAAUUUAGUAGUUUUAGAUGAGAAAUUUUAACAAAAAUUAUUGUGGAAAGAUCAGCAAUUUCCAAAUGUACUGACUUUUCCUGAUCUAAUCAAAGAAUUAAAGAAAUAAGGAACCACUUUGGUAAGAUCAGAGAUUUUAGGUGAGAAUAGAAAGGACACUUAAAAAAUAGAGAACAAUAAAGGUUAAACUAUCAAAUUUAACAUCAAAUAACCAGUUUAGAUAUAAACUUCAAAGAGAAAGAUAAUGUUAAAUAAAACACUGUUGGGGGAUAUUUACAACCCUUAAAAGAAAUCACUUCCUGUAGAAUAACAAUGUGAAAAAAUAACCAUCGAGCAAUUGAUUGGACAGACUGACACCAAGGAUAAUGUUCAUACAACUGAAGAAUAAUUGGAAAUUGAUAAUUUGAAUUGUGUAAUCUGUUGGUCUAACACGCCUGAUAAAGUGAUGUGCAAAUCUGAAAAGUGUGGUCAUGUGGCAUGCUAAGAUUGCUGGAAAUAAUGGUUAUAAACUAAAUUAGAGUGUCCAUUAUGCAGAGCUAGAGUAAGAGAGAAGUUUCUGAUAAAAUUUGAUUGA